AUGGGAGGGCAUCUCACAUAUAAAUCUCCUGAUGCUGAUAAACAGGUCGGUGAGAACGGUUCGUUCCCUGGUAACUCGAGUUCUGGGGGCAGUGAUGCAGAGAGAAAGACUCAGUUGUUUUAUUUGUCGUGUUUGAACUCGGCCAAAAUCGACGAACUCGGAGCCACGCCCCUCACCCAGCUCAUCAGCAAGAUCGGGGGCUGGAACAUCACUGGGCCCUGGGAGAAGGAGAACUUCAUGGAGGUUCUGAAGGUGGUGUCGGGUCCUCUCCGAGCUCAGCCGUUUUUCAGUGUGUCAGUGAGCACCGACCCCAAGAGCUCCAACAGCAACGUCAUACAGGUCGACCAAUCAGGGCUCUUCUUACCCUCCAGAGACUAUUACCUCAACAAGACGGCCAAUGAGAAGGUUCUGGAGGCGUACCUGGAGUACAUGGUGGAGUUGGGGACUCUUUUGGGCGGAGAACGGGUCUCGACUCAGGUCCAGAUGAAGCAGAUCUUGGACUUUGAGACGGUUUUGGCCAAUCUGACGGUUCCUCAGGAUCAGAGACGAGACGAGGAGAAAAUCUACAACAAAGUCACCAUCGCCGAGCUGCAGACCCUGGCUCCUGCUGUAGACUGGUUGGAUCUUCUCUCGUUCACACUUUCUCCUCUGGACCUGAACGACACGGAGCCUGUCGUCCUCUACGCCAAAGAAUAUCUACAAAAAGUGUCUGAACUCAUCAACAAGACGCACAAGAGUCUGCUGAAUAACUACAUGCUGUGGACCCUGGUGCAGAAGAGCGUCACGAGUCUGGACCAGAGGUUUGAGAACGCACAGGACAAACUGUUAGAGAGCCUCUAUGGGACGAAGAAGUCGUGCACACCGCGCUGGCAGACCUGUAUUGGAUACACAGACGACACUUUGGGAUUCGCUCUGGGCGCGCUCUUUGUCAAAGCCACGUUUGACAAACACAGCAAAGGAAUCGCGGAGGAGAUGAUAAACGAGAUCCGGACGGUGUUUAAACAGAGUCUGGACCAACUGCACUGGAUGGACCCAGAGACCAGAGAGAACGCCAAAGAGAAGGCCGAUGCGAUCUACGACAUGAUCGGAUUCCCCGAGUUCAUCCUUGACCCCAAAGAACUGGACGACGUUUACGACGGGUACGACGUCUCUGAGGAGAGUUUCUUCCAGAACAUGCUGAACUUUUAUAACUUCUCGUCUCGUGUCAUGGCCGACCAGCUCCGCAAGACGCCCAACAAAGACCAGUGGAGUAUGACUCCGCCCACAGUGAAUGCGUACUACAUGCCCACCAAAAACGGCAUCGUGUUUCCUGCCGGAAUCCUCCAGGCGCCAUUCUACGCCCACGACCACCCCAAGGCUCUAAACUUCGGUGGUAUUGGAGUGGUGAUGGGACAUGAGCUGACACACGCCUUCGACGACCAGGGUCGCGAGUACGAUAAGGAGGGGAACCUUCGGCCCUGGUGGCAGAACAGUUCCGUGGCGGCGUUCUCAGAGCGGAGUCGCUGUAUGGAAGUGCAGUACCAGAACUACAGCGAGAACGGAGAGAACGUCAACGGAAAACAGACGCUCGGGGAGAACAUGGCCGACAACGGAGGGCUGAAGGCGGCCUAUCGGGCCUACCGGUCGUGGGUGCAGAGACAUGGAGAAGAGAAGCUGCUUCCUGCGGUGAACCUCACCAACGACCAGCUCUUCUUCGUGGGAUUUGCUCAGGUGUGGUGCUCCGUGCGGACACCGGAGAGCGCUCACGAGGGGCUCGUGACGGACCCCCACAGCCCGCCACGGCUCCGCGUCAUCGGGACCCUCGCCAACUCCCCCGACUUCAGCCGCCAUUUCCAGUGCCCGCCAGGGACUCCCAUGAACCCGGGGCAGCGCUGCGAGGUGUGGUGAGCGGCCAAUCGCGGAGCCCGAGGAGCCGGAGGGGGCGGGGCCACAGCCGCGCUCCAAUCACAGCACUUCAACUCAGAGAAAGAACCUCCCCUCACAGAAACUCAGAGGAACACUGUGUCAGAUGCCCUCCCUGUGUGUCAGAUGCCCUCCCUGCGU